AUGUACCAGCCGGGUGUGCCGCUGGGAUACAUCUAUGCUCGUGGAACACCAUACGAGAAGAAGUACUUCAGCAAGAAGCUUGGCUUCUGCUGCCUCUUCCUCGCCCCUCCCAUCAUCAUCGUGGCUCUCGCACUGGUAAUGGUGCCGAUUCUGUACGGUAUCGGAAACCACGCUCUGCACACCUCGGUGCUGCAUGUGUAUGGCGCCAACUUGACAAAUAUUGGCAACAGUUCCUUCCCUCUGAGUAUCCAGGGUCAGGUCAAGAAGACGGGUAUCUUCCCUGCCCACCUUUACUUCAGGGAACCCAUUCAAGUCUUCUGGAACACCGCACCACCCAACAUGAGGGAAGUACAGCUGGGAACUAUGUCGCUCGACUACAUCGGUGUGGCAGCUGGUCACGGAUCCAUCAACCAAGCGACUACCUUUGAGAUCACAGACGAAGAAGCCUUUGGAGAGUUUGCUCAAUGGCUGAUCUCUGAGCCUCAAUUCACCUGGCAACUGAGGUGUCCCAAUGUCCACGUAGAGGCGUUUAGCAUUCUGCCCACCUUCAAGAAUCUAGUCUUCACCAAGAACGUGGUCAUUGAUGGUAUCAAUGGCUUCAAUGAUGUCAAGGUUCUGAACUUCCAGCUGCCCGGAGACGAUCCCGCCGGCGGUAUUACCACUCAGGUCUUGACACAGCUGAACAAUCCUUCACCGUUCGGAAUUCAGCUGGGCGACCUUCAACUCGCGCUGUAUUACCAAAACAUGUUCCUCGGAAACGUCUUUGCUAGUGACGUCAAUAUCACCACUGGUCUGAACACCAUCCUCAUCGCCGGUCAGCUCGUACCUCACCUGGACAAUUCUACUGAGCUGGACCUCCUCGGACAGCUCUUCACUGGUUACAUCAACGGAAUUGCCGUUCCCGUUGUUGCAAAAGGUGUCGCAACGACGUUGACCAAUGGUCAGACCGUCACUUGGCUACAGACCGGUAUCACUGCUCUCACCGUCAAUGUGCCCUUGCAGUCUCCCACUGGUCCCAUCUUGCCAAUCACUGGCAUUGCCAUCGACUACCUGUCACUCGUCUACUCAGAAGAGACGCCAUACAACCCGGUGGCCUUCUCUCCUGCGUUGCUCGGUAACAUCUCGCUGCCAUUUGGUUUCUCACUCAGUAUUCUCGAGCUACAGAACACCAUCACCAUCCUCUAUGAUGGAGCCUUGGUGGGCAGCUUCGUCGCCCCUUAUGCAGCGUCCAACACUGUGUUGCAAGCCAUCACCGCUGGCGAGACGGUUGGGCAGGUGAUGAUCACUUUGCCACCGACUUCUUUGCUUCUGCCCAACACGACCGACGCCGCCAGGGAGGAGCUCAUCGUCUUCCAGAAUGCCUUCACGUACCAGGGAGCCGCUGCCUUCAACCUGGAGGGAUCUGCUCGAGCAUUGACCGACACACCGCUCGGUCGUGUGCUCCUCGACGGUAUUCCCUUCGCCGUCGGCACCGGUUUGAACGGUCUUGCCGGACUACUAGAGUACCCAACCGUCAUUAACUCAGUCGAUGUCGUGGGCGGAGCACCUGACGCCAUCAGCCUUGCGGUCGGCACCACGAUUGUCAACCCUUCGAACCUGAACCUGACUCUGGGCGACGUCACACUGAACCUGAUCAACCAGGUGCCCCUCGGAAACGUCACGCUUCCAAACCUCAACCUGGCCAUUGGUGAGGUCACAGUAGCAGCCACGUCUUUCUUCGAUCCCAACCGUGCUCCUGAGGGUCUCGAGGUCCUGAACAGAUUCAUCUCUGGACAGUACACCUAUCUGAACAUCUCCGGUUUCGCAGACUCCAGCCCGAUCCAGCCGCUUUCAGAGACGCUCAGUGGUAUUCGCCUGAACACCACUCUGCCCGCUCUGACCGUCAAUCUGGUCCAGUCGGCCAAUCUGACCGUGCUUCCCACUACGGGCACAGCGGACAGUGUUGCAGACUCUAUCGUCUUCAUCAAGAACCCGUUCACCGCUGGCCUGACAAUCACAAACAUCAAGGCUAACGCCACGUCCAAGGGAAUCUACAUUGCUAACAUCGACCAGUCGCUGAACUAUGUCGUCGGUGGCCACGCCACGGCACAGUCGCCAACCAUUCCUUUGACGCUCAACCUGUACCCACCUGACAUCUUUGGGCUCCUGCGUGCGCUGGUCGUCCAGUCUGGUCAAGACCCUUCCUAUCUGGAUGGAGUUGUUGGUCUUGGUGGUUACUCGUACUCUCCUACGACAGCAGCUAAUGGCAACACGCCAACGAUCGCUCGCCGAGACCUCUUCCCUGCUCAGCGGCUCGCAGAGGAUGAGACACUCCGUCGACGAGGACUUGAAGGCGAAGAUGACGUCGAGCUAGCCAAGAGGGACAAUCUGUACACGGGCUUCACUCUACCGCCGUACGUGCUCAAGGCAUUCAGUGUCGCCACUCUGGACCUGCUCAUCGAGUCAGAAGUCAACAUUGGAGAGUACCCGACGACAAUCACAUUCUCGCAGAGCGAUGUCGCCUUGGGUACGGAUGACACACUGGAUAUCCUCUUGCCCGUCUUGGCUUUGCCCAUCGUGCAGAAGAUCGUCGACAAUGCGAUCCUGAACAUUGAGCGAGUCACAAUCUUGAAUCCUCAGCAGAACACCUUCACUGUCUCAUUGCAGGGUACCAUCACCAAUUCUGGACCCUUCGAUGCUGUCAUUAGCUUCCCGACUGGUCUCGCCAUCUACUGGGAAGGCCAGCUGCUGGUCCAGACGGCGUUCCCGGACGUUUCCCUCACCGGGGACACGGGCGCUUCUAUCAAUGUCAUGUUGGAGGCUACCGUCCCUGACGUCGAUUAUCUGACGACCUUCACAAAGUAUCUCUUGACUCAGCCUUCCUUCGUAUGGAGCAUCCAGGGUACUGGUCUGUCAGUUGCAGCUCUCGGAAUCACUGUCCCGAACAUCACCAUCACGAAGGACGUUGCCCUCACUGCUUUCAAUGGUCUACAGGGCAUGGUCAUCAUCAACUCCUUUGAUCUGCCAUCGAAUUCGCCCGCCGGAGGUAUCACGCUGACGGCCAUUUCGACAAUCAACAGUCCGUCACAAGUCGGUGUUCAGCUCACCAGAUUCGGUACCAACAUCGUGAGGAAUGGAACUACUAUUGGUCCUGCAGCGGCCACUAGCGAGUUCAUCUUGGAAGCUCUUUCGGUGACCGUACUGCCUCUGGCUGGUAACCUCGUCGAACAGACCGAUGCUAAUGGCUUGGCCAUCUUAUCGGAGAUCUUCACUCGCUUCGUUCAGAACACCAACACCGACGUCAUCGUCAAUGGUGCCUACGCUGGUCCCGAGGAGGUCACUUGGCUCAACCAGGGUAUUCUUUCACUGUCUGUUACAGUCUCCCUGCCGGCCCAAGACUUCGAAGUCAUUCGUCUGGUUGGUAUCAAUCAGCUGUCGCUCUUCUUCACGGUGGCUUCGUCAUGGGCGCCUCCCACUAGUUCGAGCAACACCGUGGCGCACUUCUUCCUGCCAUUCGCCUUCCCAGUCAACAUCGUCAAUGUCGGUGGGCCCUUCAUUGCCAACUACAACGGCCAACAAACUGCUGUCCUCAACAUCCCUACUGACUCUGUGGCAACGACGGAUGUCGAGUCUCGAGUACUGUCACUGGUUUUCAACAGUGUACCUUUCGAAGUAUACGACGAUGCCCACCCGACCUUCUCGCAGUUCCUCGCUGAUACCACGAUUCAGCAGCAGGUCACCUUCAACCUGAAUGGAGCAGCGGUCGGUGUCGCCGAUACCGCAGCAGGAGCGAUCACGAUCAACGGAAUUCCCUUCAGUCUGGACACCAACUUGCUUGGUCUGCAAGGCCUCAACACGAGGCCUGCGGUCACCUCCAACCUGAAUGUCGUUCACGGUUACCCGACUUAUCUGCUGAUUACCGCCAAUGUAGCUCUGUACAAUCCGUCGGCUAUCACGAUCGGAACUGGCACAGUCAGGUUCGCAGUGAUGUUCCAGGACCGACCUAUUGGUAUGGCCAUCAUCAACAACCUUAUCCUUGUGCCAGGUACGAACAUCAUCUCGACGGAGAUCGACUACGCUCCACAGGGCGCUGCCAAUGUAGCGGCCGGUCAGGUGCUGCUGGAGAACUACGUUCAAAACGUCACUUCAAGCGCCAUUGUAGCAGGCACUGAUCAGACGACCAACAUCCCGUCGCUCGUCCAGGCGCUGGCUCAGAUCAGAUUGAACACUGAGAUUCCACCGCUUUUCAAGAUGAUCGUUAUUGAGGCCGCUCUGGAAGUUCCAACAGACAUUGCUCAGACAGGUGUAGCGUCGGCUACGGUCAUGAUUGCUAAUCCCUUCACGGCUUCCAUCAACAUCUUGGACCUGUCCGCCCAAGCCAUCUACUUUGGUCCAUCACAGUACGGUCAGAUCAUUCUGGGUACCAUCAACCAGAACUUCGAGAGCGACCCAUUGGUGAACCCGGGAAUGACGACGACCACAUCGCGUUCCAUCCCAAUCAACCUGAACAUCGAUCCGAAGAACCUGAUUCACUUCAUUUUGACUGCUGCCGCAAACACCGGUACAAGCUUGGGACCUUUCCCGCCGUUCUUGCAAGAUGUAUUGAACCUGGCAGACACGUCAACGACGAUAUCGCCGGUUCCUUACACCACGGCACCUCCUUGCUUCUCUGGUCAACAGUUUGACAUUCUCGGCGCCAUCUUGCAACUGCUGAAAGGCCUGGAGACGACGAUUCCCAUCAACUCGACCUUGAAGCUUGACGAUUACCAGACUGAUCUCGACUUCCAGCAGAGUCCAGUGCCAACGAUGACCGACAACACUGCCCUCUACCUUGUCGGUCCGGCUGCUGCACCCUUGAUUCAGGCCGUCGUCAACAAUGCCACGAUCUACUUCAAUCAGGCCAAUGCCACCAGUCUUGUCAACGAAGGAUUUGCCGUCUCACUCCAAGGAUUCUUGAAGACGGAUGCCCCGGCCGAUGCUUACAUCUCCUUCCCGGAUGAUAUCCUCGUCGACUGGGAGGGCACUCAGAUCGCCAAGAUCUCACUGCCUCCCAUCUGCUCUGCUCCCGGAGUUGGUGUCCCCAACCUGGUCACUAGCGGUCAGCUGUUCAUCACCAACUUUGACGCGUUUGUCACUUUCACCAAGUACAUUCUCAACAAUCCCAACUUCACCUGGCGAAUUCACAGUCCCUCGGUCUUGGUUCAGGCGGUAGGAAUCAACUUCAACGAUGUCAUUCUGGACAAGAUGAUCACCCUCGACUCCUUCAAUGGUCUACCCGGUAUCGUCAUUACCUACUUUACCAUUUACGGAGAGACGUCAGAUUCGCUGUUGAUCAGGGCCAACGCCGCCAUUCCUUCGCCCUCUGCGUUGGGUGUGGAGCUGGGUACGGCAAACUUCCGCAUCUUCUACCUGGGCACCAACAUCGGACCAAUUCAGGCGACGAACUUGUUCCUGGCUCCCAAGCCGUUCAACGGACAGCCUCAGACGACUACGACUGUUGCCAUGACCACUGGUGCAAUUGAGUCACAGAUCGGCAACACAAAGGGCCUUGCUACGCUCGGUAUCUUGUUCACGCAGUUCUUGGCUGGUCUGAACCAGACUCUGCAGCUGACUGGUGUCAGUGUCAUCUCGCCGACCAGCGGCGGACAGCCAGUCAGCUGGCUCACCGACGCCUUCCCGGCCCUCACCACCAACGCCGUCCUGCCGGGCCAGAUCUACCAGAUCAUCUUCUCGAUCGUUCUUUCCGACCUGACCGCAACCAUCAACAACCCAGUGGUACCGUAUGUCAUCACUGGUGGCAACAACCAGACGAUCGCUACAUUCGCCAACCCCUUCGAAUUCUCGCUCACCCCACUUCGGACCGCUCCUAUGAUUACGCUCACCUAUCAAGGCGUGGACACGGCUCAGAUCAACUUGCCCGACGCACCCGUCGUCUCGGCUGGAACUUCCAGGGCACCAACAGACAUCGAGCCUCUUGUGCUGGACUUCUUUAAUCAGCCCAUCGACUCGCUCAAUGAUGCCUCUUUCGAAGCCUUCCUCACCCAAUUGGCCAAUGAGCCCAGUGCGACAUUCGGGCUCAAGGGAAUGACAUCUGUCCUGGCAAGGACUGUCGUUGGUGACAUUCAGAUCGGAGGUAGUUCCGGACCAACAUUGGGUAUCCCUUUCAAUGUCACCUCCAGCCUCGCGGGUAUCAACUCCUUCAACCACAACUUCAGUACCGCUGACGUCGUCGUCGAGGGAGGUACCGAUCCUACCUACAUUCGUAUCCCGCUUCAGGUCACCCUCGACAACCCAAGCAUGCUGACCAUCAUCACCCCAGGUGUAAGCUUGCCCAUCACGUACACUGGUGUAUCAGGCGCUACCGUCCCGGAGACCUACGUUGGUCGUGCUGUCAUCGAAAAUCUUCUUCUCAUACCCGACACCAACAUGAUAGGAGUCAUCUUCGAGUACAUGCCAGAUGACCCUAGCAACGCCGAUGCCGAGGAUCUUCUCACCAAGUUCUUGCAACCCCAGACUGGAACAGAGUCAACGCCUUACAACCCUAUCAACAUUGCCAUCAAUGGAGCUAUAGCGAACAACGGUGGGCCUCUGUCGCCCUAUGGCGAGCUUGUGCCUGCUUUCAGAGAGCUCACCGCUGCAGGGACCCUCGCCGGCAUUGGUUCGCGUGUUGCGAUCCAGAUCAACGUGUACAUCACCGCCCGCACGCUCGCAACGACCUUCGCGGGCAGUCCAAUGGUCGAUGCCAAGAUCAUUCUCCAGGAUGUGCUGGCUGCGCCUAUCAAUCUUCAGCAUCUGGUCACCAACAUCUACGCAAACCCGGGAAAUACGCCGAGAACCCUCUACGCGCGACUGGACCAUACCUUCGAAAAUGGCUAUGCUAUUCCACCGAACGGUGGAACGGCGGAGAGCGAAGACAUUCCAGAGAUCACGCUGAUGCCAAAUGGGGUGGGAGGAGCUGGAUUGGCAACGCUCAUCGCGUCACUUCCCAUUCUGGCUGAUACCACAUUGGACAUCGACAACACCAUUGAAGUACUCGUCGGAGCUUACAGAGUACCCUCUCUGAUCUACAACGAGGUGGCGGUCAACACAACCUACUUCGCUUGUGUGACGCCAGACGAUGCCACAUGUGUUCCACUGACUGGUAUCUCAGAUCUUCUUCAACUGCUGCUGAUCCUGUUAGGUCUCGGAGGUCAGAUCAUCGACGAAUUGGUCAAUCUCUUGACA